GCGUGAUGUAGCCGCUUUGCAAGAUUGUACUUCGAAGGCGAAGAUCUAUUGCAGCGAUUUCACUGAGUGCCCUCAACAAGACGAAGAGAGAGGUAACCGAGUUAGACACAUUUUGCAAGUGGACCCUCUGUUUUUCGUUGGGUCCAUUUGCUUCGAUAUCUAUCCUUCAGUGCGAACGAAGCACAGGACAUGAGUGUUCACUGAAGGUUCUUGGCCAUUUGUGGCUCAAGGGCACCUCCAAGCGGGGGGGGAUGUGGCAGUCACAGUGACCCUGCAGAGGCCCUCUGAACCGCGCAGAUCGGUCAGUGGAGAGGGCGAGGUGCAUUUUGAAUGUGUAGACACUUUCACAAGGUGUGCUUUCGGCACAAUGGUUCACGGUCAACUUCCGCAGGGAUGUGGCCUGGUGAAUGCGAAGUUAGACGAGUUCUUCUGGGAAUGGCUGAUGCAACCAGAAUCGGUGCAACUGAUUCGGCAGAUCAUCCACAAUGCUGAAGAUCCUACCGCAGAGGUGCCGGCUGUGAGCGCGAGCCCGCACCAGUUGCACUUACGUGGAACUCCCAGUGGAGGAAGGCCUUCGCCGCCUGGGUCGCCUCACCGAACGAACGUGGGCUUCAGCCGAGAAGAUGUGGAGCAAAUCGCUUUGCCUGGAUCUCCGCAUAGCCCUCCGACUGGCCCGGCACCAACACCUCCACCGCCCAAGGAGCUGGACAUGCCGUCUCCUCCGCCAGAGCGGCCGGUGAGCCCCGGGUCCGGGCCCACCGGCGUGGGGAAUUCCAUGCUGGCCACCAAGUCUCAGACCAUUCCUCGAUUCUGGUGGCCUAAGCGAGAUCAGAUUUCCGAUCUGGGCCAAGAACACAAAGACCAGAUCCACAGCAUUUUCGUCAAGCAGGGGAUCACCGAUGGGAUAAAGACCUGGGAGCAGUGUGAGCCCAUCGUCACUGAAGUCUUCAAACUGUCGAAGUAUUUUGCUGCGCCAAUUUUCCACAAGAUGAAGGUCUUCUAUGACAUCAUUGACCGCUCGUCGAUCUCCAAGCGUGACGCCAUGAUGGCCCCAACUCCGGUGCCCAUCACGGAGAUGAUGGUGAUCGGCUGGGCCAGCCGGAAGAUUCAACCGGAAGACCCCACACUGAGCUUCUACUCGGUGGUCAAGAAGGAUCACAAUGAUUGGAUAGAGAAGGAGGAUUUUGACAUCUUCCUGCAUGCCAUUCUGAUGACCCACCCCGGGCUAGACUUUCUGCUGGAAACGCAGGAGUUCCAAGACAGGUACUCUGACACAGUGACCAGCCGUAUCUUCUACAUUUAUGAUCGAAAAGAUACAGGCCGAAUUCAUUUGCAGAACCUGCGGCGAUACCAGCCGUCCAUAGUCGACACAUGGAAGCAGUUGGAGGAGUUCGACGACAUGAAGAUGAUCCGUGACUACUUCAGCUAUGAGCACUUCUAUGUGAUCUAUUGUACUUUUUGGGAGUUAGACUCGGACCACGACUUCUUGCUUGACAAAGAUGACCUGCUGAAGUAUGAUGGGCACGCACUCUCCAGAAGGACGGUGGACCGCAUCUUCAGCGAGGUCACGUGGAAGUUCACCUCUGCCGUCCCUGGCAAGAUGGGAUAUGAGGACUUUAUUCAUUUUCUACUCAAUGACCAAGAUCAAAUCACGGACAGAUCCAUCGAGUUCUGGUUCAACAUCUUUGAUCUUGAUGCUGACGGAGUCGUCAGAGAUCAUGAGUUGAAGUACUUUUAUGAAGAGCAGGUUCAGCGAAUGGAGUGCUUGAACUACGAGACCAUUGCUUUUCAUGAUGUCUUGUGCCAGCUCCAUGAUAUGAUUGGCCCCCGAGUCACCGGCGAGUUCCGGCUGGCCGACUUCAAGCGGAAGAGAAAGUUUGCAGGUUCAUUCUUCUCCAUUUUUACGUCCUUGAACAAGUUCAUGGCGUUCGAAAAUAGAGAUCCUUUCCAGGCCAAGCAGGAGCAGAUGGAGAACCCCAACUGCACUGCAUGGCACAGAUGGUGUGCCGACCAAUACCUGAGGCUGGCGAUGGAAGAGGGCGAAGAUAUGGAUGAAGGAGCUGAUGGAUAGCAAGGGUGGCCGUGCGGCCGUGCGGGCACCGUCCAAGCAGCCAAAGCAUUGGCAGAAAGCCAGGCUGCGGAGGUAGCAGAAAGAUGCGCUGCACAUGGGUGGUGCUUCGAUCAAGAUCAUUUUUUU